AUACCACACAAGAAAAGCGCUGGUUGUUACUCAAGAUUUUAAGGUGAAGGUAGUCAGGUGAGAAGAACCUGGAUAUGUCUAGCAAGGGGUAUUUGUACAUUUUACUGCUGGAGUUACUUACUUCUACUACACUUCGAGCUGUUAAUAAUGUACGUUAUCCCAUCCAAUAUCAUUCCCAAACAGACAGAGGAACGUACAACUUCGGAUACGACACAGGGCUCUUUGGAGCACAUUCGUUUCAUCAUGAACAGCGGGAUGAAAACGGAAUAGUGCGAGGUCGCUAUGGUUACACAGACCCCUAUGGCGAACUCCGUCUCGUUCAAUAUGAAGCUGGUCCUUUUGGCUAUCGGGCCUGGGGUGACAUAUACCCAGAUGGUUGGUCACAAAAGCAGAUACGUUCAAAUUCGUUUGAAAAUUCACAACCUUCAAGAAAAAACAAGUAUCUUCAAGUUCCAAAGAAGAAAGAAAAAUCGGGUUUUUCAUCUAACACCUUUAAAUCUUCAACGAGACCACAAGAGAACAAAGGUUAUCAAGAUAGCACUACAAGAACUACAGUCCUUCCACACUGAAGAUACGAAAUCUUUAUCAACAGGUUAACCUUCAAACUUCAAACCAGUACAUUUUUGUUGGGACUUCUUUUUCGUUUUAAAAAACUACCAAAGUUGAAUGUCUCC